AACUCUACUGUCUGGAUUUGACGGCGUGAUGUCUCACAGGAAGUUCUCCGCUCCCAGACAUGGGUCCCUCGGCUUCCUGCCUCGGAAGCGCAGCAGCAGGCAUCGUGGGAAGGUGAAGAGCUUCCCCAAGGAUGACCCUUCCAAGCCGGUCCACCUCACAGCCUUCCUGGGAUACAAGGCUGGCAUGACCCAUAUCGUGCGGGAGGUCGAUAGGCCAGGAUCCAAGGUGAACAAGAAGGAGGUGGUGGAGGCUGUGACCAUUGUGGAGACGCCACCCAUGGUGGUUGUGGGCAUUGUGGGCUACGUGGAAACCCCUCGAGGCCUCCAGACCUUCAAGACUGUCUUCGCUGAGCACAUCAGCGAUGAGUGCAAAAGGCGUUUCUAUAAGAACUGGCAUAAAUCUAAGAAGAAGGCCUUCACCAAGUACUGCAAGAAAUGGCAGGAUGAGGAUGGCAAGAAGCAGCUGGAGAAGGAUUUCAGCAGCAUGAAGAAAUACUGCCAAGUCAUCCGCGUCAUUGCCCACACCCAGAUGCGCCUGCUUCCUCUGCGCCAGAAAAAGGCCCACCUGAUGGAGAUCCAGGUGAAUGGAGGCACCGUGUCCGAGAAGCUGGACUGGGCCCGUGAGAGGCUGGAGCAGCAGGUACCUGUGAACCAAGUGUUUGGGCAGGACGAGAUGAUUGACGUCAUCGGGGUGACCAAGGGCAAAGGCUACAAAGGGGUCACCAGUCGUUGGCACACCAAGAAGCUGCCCCGCAAGACCCACCGAGGCCUGUGCAAGGUGGCCUGUAUUGGGGCGUGGCAUCCUGCCCGUGUGGCCUUCUCUGUGGCACGUGCUGGGUAGAAAGGAUACCAUCACCGCACUGAGAUCAACAAGAAGAUCUAUAAGAUCGGCCAGGGCUACCUUAUCAAGGACGGCAAGCUGAUCAAGAACAAUGCUUCUACUGACUAUGACCUGUCUGACAAGAGCAUCAACCCUCUGGGUGGCUUUGUCCACUAUGGUGAAGUGACCAAUGACUUUGUCAUGCUGAAAGGCUGUGUGGUGGGAACCAAGAAGCGGGUGCUCACCCUCCGCAAGUCCUUGCUGGUGCAGACCAAGCGCUUCCUCCGCGGCCCGGCCAAGGGAGCGGCCCCCAGGACCUCUAGCCCAGACUUCCCCAAGGGGCGCUUCCCCGGCGCCGCCGAAGGCUCAUCCUCGCCCGCCGUUUACCUGAGGAGCUGCAGCCAGCGCGACCCAGGCGCCGCCUUCCCGCCCAGCAGCUGCCCGGAGUGGGCGGAGCCGCGCGCGCCGAGCCCGCCCCCGCUGCCUUCAGACCAACCGCAGCCCGGACCGGAAUGCGCAGACUCCGCCUCACGCUCGGCCCCGCCCCCUGGCCGCUCCUUGGUCACCGCCUCGGACUGUUGGGCGCCCGCGCGGCCGCCACUGCGCGGGCGCGGCCCUCAGGCUCGUGAUAACGGCCGCAGUCCCGGGGCGCAGCCGUCCCCGUGUCCCCAUCGGACGCACAAGCUGCGGCGACCUCUGCUCCCCGACGCCGGGACGCGGGCUCCGCGCGCGUUGCGGCCGCUCGCAAAGCACACGCCGGCCCUCCGUCUGCCCGGAAGCGCCCGCGGGAAGCGGCGGCACGUGGGGGCGGGCGGGACUGGCGCGGCCCUGCGUUCGCGGGGAAGGAGGCGGCCCGCGGGGUCCCGGGGCCUCGGGACGCGAAAAGAGCGAUGUGAGGAAGGAAAGCGCUCCCCGAGGAGCGGCCCGCGCGCGCGUCCAGGCCGGGCCUCGGCGGAGGCGGCGGAGCCCCGCGGGCAGGACGUCCUCUCCAGGCCGGGGGAUGGGGCUCCGCUGUGGGGCGGCACCCAGGGGAGCGCAGGACCCUUCGCGGGUGCGGGCGAGGCCCCUGCAGCGGCUUCCCACGCACAGGCCUCGGCGCCUGUGGCCCUGCCUCCCCCCGGCCUGGGAGCCGCCCCCGCUCCGCGCACGCCGGGCGCCAAGCGCAGCGCAGCCCGGCUCUCACUCCGGCCACGGACGGACGCCCGCCCCUCCGGCAGGGGGCACGCCUGA